AUGGUCAGAAUGGCUCUGGGUAAAGGACCGGACUUUGGCGCAUCCUCCAUCGCAGUUGCAACCUCUGUGCCCGACACCUCGGCAGUUUCGCGCACUGAGGUGCGAACUUGGGUGUUUGCAAGCACGGUCAACCGGAGUUGUGUUUCUUCCUCUACCAAGACCAAAACCUCGGCGUCCAGCCUGGUCGCCACAAUUGAUGCCGCUCUGCUCAACUUAACAAAAGCAUCUAGCCAACAGAAUAGAGUACCGCCAUCUUCUUGGCGUCCAAAAAUAAUAAUACCAGCAUACCUAUGUGGUUAUGCUGAUUUAAGCGGUUAUGGUGGUGCUUAUUUUAGUGAUUUUGGUUUUGUUGGUAGUCGUGUUUUUGUUGAUGAUAAUGGUUUUGGUGGUAAUUGUGAUGGUUCUGCCAUUGACUAUUGUUUGUUGGUGUUGGGAGCGACCGAUCAGCUAGGCGGUGGCUUGAUGCGGGUGUCGCUCCUUAUUUGUACGGGUGUUCACGUUGCUGUAGAUGUUGUGCGUCUCACGGACUUCACCCACAGCGUCGUGCCGCCACCAAUGUGCGCCACCAAACUCUCUUUCGCCUCUUCGCCCCAUCGCGCCUGCGUUGCCGUAGUCUGUCUCCCGGGCCCCUGGGCAACUGCAACAACCGACGACACGCACCGCAACCGCCUGCCCCUUUUUAUCCAACUCAAUGAAAGUCCUGUCCCAGUCGGCGACAAAGCAAACCCUCCCGUGUCGUCUGCCUCCGCAGACGCCUUCUGGUUGGAGGUUGAGCGUGGUUGGCCCUCGGCGGAGCGUGCCGUAAGCUUGUGUGAGGAACGCCUCAAAGCGGAGCGUGAACAGGCCGCACCGGAGGCAGCUAUCUGUCCGAGAGAAGCCUGGCUGUUGACGCCGGACUGCCUCACAUACAAGAAUGGCGAUGCAAGUCCUGCAUGGCUGUCCCUCUCCCAUCCCGUUUUACAUCCGGUUUGGAUUGACUUCAACUCCCUGUGUUUCGUUACUAAAACCGGACGUGCCGUGUGCAUGCUGACCAAACUGGCCGGGGAGGCGUCGCCAAGGUUUCAAGUCAGGUACGGCCCACAACUUGCAUACUAUCGGUCCUAUAUGUACUUCUCUUUGCUUUUACUCUGUCCUCCUUGA